UUGCUCACCGCUUACUGGUUCCGUGCUCGCUCGUAGGAUUUGGAGGCUUUCCAACAUCAAACAUCUCCCAAGAACAUGUACUUGUAAACCCCUUUCACCAUACCUGGACAUCCGACAAAAUGUCCAGCACAAUGACUUCUUUCCACCUCUUCCCUCGUCUACCAUAUGAGCUGCGACUUUCAAUCUGGGAACUGACCGUCGAGCCGCGCAUUGUCAAUGUUCGCGUCGAGCCUUUCAAUGGGGAUGGCGAUACGGGGUCGCGUCCAAUUUCGCACAAAGAAUCUGCAGUCUGUCUGCGCUCGUCAACCCCAACCCCAUCGACACUCCACGUUUGCCAAGAAUCUCGUAACUUGAGAUUGUAUCGAAAAGCUUUCUCUGAGUUAGCCAGUAAGGAUGGGAUCGGAUUGCAGCAUGUCUGGGUCAACAUGGAGCUCGACAUGAUCGACAUCGGGACCACCCCUUUCAACUGUUAUGCACUUGUUGCACCGACCAUUCGCAGGCUCAAAUUUGAAAGGGAGCACAGGGAUGGAUGGUUUGUUGGUGCAGAAAACGACCUCGGGGACUUCACCAAUCUGCAGGAGACACACGUUGUGUGUGUCAAUGGACCGUACACGUGGUGUGAAGGUCUGGAAGAGCAUCGCUGGCCGUGUGGAGAGGAAAACGUGUCGUUCAUCCACUAUCAAACAGGACUGGUGGUCGCCAAGGGCGUUAAAGCCAUGAGAAGGAUAGCUUGUAUAGCUGGCCGCCGUUCGCUAGACAACUGCUAUCUUUGGUAA